UUCCACCAGUCAUCUAAUCUCAUUGUACCGGAGUCCCAAUGAAGGUGAGCGUGUUGCUCCGCUCUCUGUUUACCUGAGGCACCUGUGCUCCUGUGUUGUUAAUACACACAGUCACCCCCAACGUCCGGCUGGGAGAGGACGAAAACUAGCUGCCACAAGGAUGAAGGGGCUGCCUGUGCUGUCCCUGCUCCUCUGGAUGUGUGCGGUGUUCUUCGUGGGCAUCUACCUGUUCGUGGGUGGAUUUUUGCUGGUCAGGUUGGAGGUUAACAGAACCAGCACCUGCGGAGACGUGCUCGAGCCCGGAGAGGAGCCGGUGGACUUCUGUCGAGCUCAGCCGCGCUUCCGCAAGGUUGUCCUUCUCAUUAUCGACGCCCUGAAGAUCGACUUCGCCCGGUAUGACCCCGACAAGACGGCACCACGACCUUAUGAGAAUAAGUUACCUGUGCUGGAAGAGACAGUGUCAUCCAGGCCUUUACAAAGCCGCCUGUACCCCUUCCGUGCAGACCCACCUACGACCACCAUGCAGAGGAUCAAGGGGUUCACGACUGGAUCUUUGCCGACGUUUGUAGAUGUAGGUAACAACUUUGCAUCCAGUGCCAUCUUGGAGGACAAUCUUAUUCACCAGUUUGGACAAGUAGGCAAACGAGUGGUGUUUAUGGGUGACGACACUUGGGAGAGUCUUUUUCCUAAGAAGUUUUACCGCUCUCUACCCUUCCCUUCUUUUAAUGUCAAGGAUCUGCACACUGUGGAUAACGGGAUUCUCCAGCACCUCUACAACACUAUGGUGGGUGAUGACUGGGAUGUCCUAGUCGCUCAUUUCCUUGGAGUCGAUCACUGUGGUCACAGGUUUGGCCCGGAUCACCCAGCCAUGGCUGACAAACUCACGCAGAUGGAUGGAGUCAUCAGGUCUGUGAUUGAUCGUCUGCAGAAUGACACACUCUUGGUGGUGAUGGGAGAUCACGGAAUGACAGAUACUGGAGAUCAUGGUGGAGAAAGUCAGAAAGAGACUGAUGCUGCCAUCUUCCUCUACAGUCCUUCUCCCAUGUUUCAUGGACCCCCAUCACAGAAUGAACCAGAUGUGGUGCCACAGACUGACCUGGUGCCCACCCUGGCUCUGCUACUAGGAGUUCCUAUUCCGUACAGUAAUGUCGGGCAGGUUCUCUUGCCUUUAUUUCCACCGCAUGAGCAGACAGAAGGUGCAGUUGGAGGUCUCAGCCAGCUGGAGGCACUGUGGAUCAACACAAAACAGGUCAACCGUUUCCUGGAGACUUACUCUGGCAUGGCCAAAGACAUCCCACCAGAGAGCCUCUCUCGGCUGAAGAGUGAAUUUGCCCUCUUGUCUUCUGAGUUUCUCAGCGCUGUUAGAGAGGGUCGUUCACCCUCCCCGCAGCUAGCCUCUUCUCUGCAGGCUUACCUCACCUCUGUCAGAGACACCUGCCGAGCCACCUGGGCCCGAUUUAACCCACUGAAGAUGGCGGCAGGCUUAGCCAUCCUGGCAUUUGCUUGUCUGAUGUGUUUCAUCUUGUCUGAACUGUCUCUAGUGCUGAUCAGGGAGAACGGUCCAUUACUGAAGGCCCCAGUUGUUGUGUCACUGACAGUGGGGGUUAGUGUGGCUGCUGCUCAGCUGCUCAUACGGGGCUACAUUGAGGUAAUGUGGUGCCUUGCAGCUGCUGCUUUCAGCUCUGAACUCCUUUUCCUUUGGCGUUCACGCCAACUGAGCACCUCUACAGUGUCAAAAAACGGAACCAAAGCUCCAAAGCGUGCUAGCUGGCUGACCCUGCGUCACCUCCUUGUCCCCUCUCUCUUGUUUCCACUCCUUCGCUGUGCCUCUCUGCUCUCAGACAGCUAUGUGAUUGCAGAAGGACGGGUUGUGACAUUUUUGGUGUUAUCCCUGGCCCUAUGCAUUCCCAUCCAUCUCAACUGGGAUGGCCUACUUCUGCCCCCAAGCCAUGACCUGUUGAAGUCUGCUGGGCUGCUGCCUGCCCCAGCUUUGUCUCCAUCAGCUGUGAGGAAGGAAAGCAGCACCCUUCUAGCCUGCUUAGGACUACUGGUUGGCAGCCUCUACCUCUCCCUCUCGUUCCACGGCUGUCGGGAAGAGCAGGGCUCCUGCCAGCCGUCUGCAUUUCUUUCCCCUCUUUCCCGGUUGCAGGACAACCAGCUGAAGAACCUCCAUUAUGUCCUCGCUGUCAUUUCCCUUGGCUUGUGGACAUAUCUGCUAAGAUGCUUUCUUUGCCACUAUGGUAAUCUGAACUCGUCAGGCGGGACGGUGUUUACAGCUCGCUGGAUCCUACCGCUGCUGUCUGUGUGCCUGGGGCUCCACUGGGCUGUUAGCGCCACUCCGGAGGACAGCUUCAGGAAUCUGGCUGAGCUGAUCCACUUGGCACAGCUGGCCCUCCCCAGGGUUGCCUUCUGUCUGCUGGGACUGGGGCUUUUCCUGAUCUGGCUAGACCCCCUCACUGUGUUCGUGAAGACUAGGACUCAGGCUUCAGCCAAAAGUUUGACUCUACCCACACCCCGUUAUCGAGCAAGCAUUGGCAUCAGCCCCCAAGCUGAGCUGCACCACCUUAUCCCACAGAUCUAUCAGCGCAUGCGUCGUUCCCUAGAUGAUGGCGACCUGAGCGGGGCCAGCGAAGUGGACAACAGGCCUGCUGUGGAGGCCUACGGACUUGGAACAGUCUAUUCUGCUCCUUUGCUGUUGUUUAGUGGGUUGCUGGGAAUUGGUCUGCUGCUGUUGCACCCAGAGGGCAUGGCUCUGUCUUUCCUCCUGCUGCUACUAGAAAUGGGAGCUCUGUUGCACAUUCACGCCUCGUCUACUACGCUUAGUGGCCUGCAUGGAAAGUAUUCUGGUGGGUUUAAUGUGCCUUGGACCCCAGUAGUGCUCUGGUCCCUGGCUGCCACGCAGUUCUUCCACGCUACAGGUCAUUUACCCACCUUCCCCUCUAUCCAGUGGGGUGCUGCCUUUGUGGGAUUUCCUGAAGGACACACAGGGACCAUACUCCCUGCCUCACUGGUUACCCUUAAUACUUUUGCUUCACACAUUCUUUUUGCAGUGAGUUGUCCAUUGCUACUGUUUUGGCCCCUGGUUUGCGAGGUGCGUGGGAGCAGAGGACGAGCCUGUGGGGACGACGGAGAGGAUGCUGUGAUGGAGAUGAGGCUGAGAGAAAACCCUCAGCUGUUCAGCUCUGCUCUUCUGCAACUCUCAACACGCUACCUCCUUAUUCACGGAGCACAGGUCUUUGCCUCAGUCUGUGCAGCUGCUAUACUCAGGAGACACCUAAUGGUGUGGAAGGUUUUCGCACCCAAGUUAAUGUUUGAGGCCUCAGGGUUCCUGGUGAGCAGCGUGUUCCUGUUGAUUGGGGUCACAUUAGUGCUGAGAGUAGAUGUGGCUGUGGGCCAGUGGUUUAAAAGACUCAUCCCAGAUGUGUCCAGGUAGCGAAGGCACUGCUGCUGCAGCUGCUGCCUACCGGCACCCACCAGAGCUCACUGUGCCCCAGAGGAAAUGGACGUGGUGGUCACUAAACAGGAUUUGUUUUUUCUUUUUCUUUUUUUUUAGAAAAAAUGUUGCCAAUAGUGAUAAGGAAACCCCACUAACAUGUCAUCUGGCAUGUCAUACUGUGAUUCUUGAGGGCUAUGUUGUACAUCACUGACCCUGAGGAACUUUCGUAUAUCGAAUCUCAGAUUGACUAAAUGUAGAGCAUUGGGACCUUUUUAUAUAGCAGUUUGAUUGAACAACCCCAGGAAUGGGAUGAAGAACUGAUAAAGGACUUUGAGACCCCCCUGUUGAUUCUGUUCAUCUGGGUGUAGCGUUUUUAGUGGGAGAAAUGUUUCAUCACUCAACCAAGUGACUUUUUCGGUGUGAGCUGACUGCAGGUUUCCCAACCUCAUAAACAGUACGUUUGCACAAUGACUGAAACUAGCCCGCCGAAUGAACAAUGAACUCUGAGGUCAGUUCCUUGAUCAUUAAUAUGCAAAUUGUCAUGACCAUUGAUCAACAACCACUGAUCACUGAGUACCAUUCACAGAGAGUUGGGAAAUGGCUCCAAUCACAGCAUUGUAAGAUGGUGAAAGAUGUACCCUUAGGCCUCCUCCUCAAUUCAGAGAUGGUCUUUCCCUUUUCAGUGGGCUAGUUUCAGUCAUUGUGCAAAUGUACUAUUUAGGGUUGGGGAAUCCUGCAGUCAGCUGAGACUAAAGAAGUCACUUGGAUGAUUGGCAAAACGUUUCUCCCACUGAAGACGCUAAGUCCAGAUGAACAGAAUCAAGAUUUUGGGAUAUACUUUUGGGAUGCAUCGAGACUUUGAGGCCCCUUUAAAUUAUCAUUUGGAUAGAAAGAUAACAUCUGUUAGGUGUUUUUGAAUGUUUCUUGUAAACCUUCCUAACGUAUGGAUAAAACCUUCAAGAACAUUUGAAAUCAGUCUUGCAAGUGGUUCAUAAGUGUUUGAAAAACAACACCAUAUCCAUAGAGUUUACACACUCUAAUUGCCUGGCCAGCUGGUUUAAAAAACAUUUAAAUACAUCUGGCCCUUUUAAUAUGCAUUUCUUUUUUUCCCCCCCCCUUUAAAAAAUAAUUGCAGCUGCCAUACGUUUAUAUGCAAUGUAGCAGCUGAAUUGACAGUCUACUAUGAUGGGAAAACACCUGUGAAAUGAAGAAUUUUCUACUUGGUAAAGUGACAUUUAAAUUUACUCCCUUUUUUUCUGCAUUCUUGGGUAGGUGACGGUUCAGCUUGUCUCCUUUCUUUGUGGGCUUUAAUAUGUGGCUUUUCACAUACAGUGAGACCACAAAAGCAAAACUGCCCAUCAGUGUUUGGAGCUACUUUGUGAUCACUCUGGAAGCAGGUUCUCUCUUUUUCUUUAAGUGCAUUACAGCAGGUUGGUAAUGUAAAAUAACUGUUCUCAUGUUUAUAUGUAUGUAUUGUUUUAUUCUAUGCCAUGAAUUAACCAGUGUUUCUGGUUACUGCCAAUUUGUAUACAGUUCUGGCUUCUUAAUUAGUCAAAGUCUUUAUUUUUUGUAAGGUUUUGAUUCUUUACUGUAAUGAAUAAUUAUAAUUGUUUUGUUUUGUUUUUUUUCCUUUUUCUUUUUUAAAUCACUGGCAUUUUUUCUAAUCUCAAGUCAGUGUUGUUUUUAAUUAGACCUCACACACUUUUACCCACAAAUAGGUGCCUGGCUUUAAUGAAUGCCUUUUUUGUGUGUAUGAUGUCAUUCAAACCAAGACCUCCUGGGACAACAAAUGUGUUUUUUCUCUUCUUUUUCUGUACAUGUUGGAGUCAGUAUCCAGUAUAGGAUCCAUUACUGUACUGCAGCUGUAGUCAGCCAACUAAUGGUAUUGAAGGAAUGUCAAGCUGCAUGACAAUACUACUGAAUCCCUCAUGCUGCUGCUGUAUGGAAGUGAUGAGCCCAAGUAAUGGUUUGGUUUGGUUGUAUGAUGGGGCACAUCUGUAUCUGUUUUUAAACUUUAAUAUAUAAAUAACUGGUUAAUUAAAAUGAUUUUACAUUCU